UAAGAGUGUGGCAUUAGCCACCCAGAACAACGGAUAGUUAUAGCAGCGUUUCUUAUAUAUUUUCUUGUACUCUCUCUGGGCUUCCCCCCCCUCCUGUUUUUCAUCGCCUCCUGACUUCCCGCUAUGGCAAGAGACUAAGUCACAUCGCGUAGGGGUCUUUCUCCACUGCGGGUAAUAGGCAUGGGCUAGCCAGCAAUCAUUUAAUAACCCCGAAGCUAUUUGUGCGCGCUUGCAGUCUAAACUAAAAGUAGUGGUUCUUAGCAUGUGGCACAAUGUCUGAACGCUGGUUCUCCCAAUUCUUGUCACCCACACAUAUAUCCGACGCAGAAAAUGGGUGAACAGAAUAAACGAGUUGCCAUUGUAACAGGCGCGACUUCUGGCAUUGGAGCCGAUAUUGCCAGGAACCUGCAUUCACGCGGAUGGAAAGUCGCCUGUGUUGGCCGCCGAACCCAGGCUGGAAACGAUCUAGUGCAGAGCCUGGGUGAGGACGCACGUUUUUUCCAAGCAGAUGUCAGCAACUAUCAGAGCCAAGCUGCCGUCUUCAAAAAGGUUUUCCAGUUAUGGGGGCGAAUUGAUGUCCUCUGCGCGAACGCUGGCGUGGGUGACCAGUCCUCGCUUUAUCUUCUUAACCAGCGUGAUAAAGGCGCGGAGGACGUCCCUCCAGAGCCGGACCUUUCCUGCACUGAUAUAAAUUUCAAAGGUGUCGUAUAUGGUACUGUAUUAGCAACGCACUUUAUGCGGCACAACAGGCCUGAGGCGGGCGGAAGGAUCGUGGUGACCGGCAGUAUCGGGGGUAUUUUCCCUCAUAAAACGUAUCCCGAAUACAGUGGGACCAAGGCAGCAGUCAAUCAAUUCGUUCGUGCCGUUGCACCCACAUUGAAGGCCAAGGAUAACAUCCUUAUAAACUGCGUCUUGCCCGGUAUUGUUGCCACGCCCAUUGUUCCUCCUGAGAUGAUCGAGGCCGUGGCUCCGGAAUGUCGGACUCCGAUGAAGACGGUCCUCGACGCAGUCCAAAUAUUCUUAGAAGAUGAAACGGGCAUGGCUGGCCAACUGCUGGAAUGCUCCGCAGAUAAACUGAUCUAUUACCAUCUUCCAGAGAUGGGAAAUGGACAUAUCACCAAACGGGCCGUCACCGUCUGGGAACCAUUGUUCAAGCUGGCGCACGGCGAGAACUCCGAACUCCCGGAUGCGAUUCCAGACAUCAGCCCAUUCAAUGGCUCUUCUUUGGGUGCUCCACGAGAUGCCAAGCUCUGAUUUGCCUGAGGAGCGACAGGCUUUGCCAUCUCUGAAAAGCAUGGCAGGAACAGCUGACGUAUAUAUUGUGAACAGACUGUGACGACUAUCAUGGGAGGGGUUUCUUCAGAUUGUACUUAGCUUCUAUGGGUUUCUCUCCAGUAUAUGUCUCCGAGAACCAAACUUAAUUUAACAGCGUAAUUGAACCAAACUUUCCAGGACCUACCCUGCUCGAGAGCAUGGUUCCGUAAAACCAUAGAAUGCACAACACGUCAGCACCACGAAGGGCAAUGAACAAACAUAUGGAACCAACCAAGUGACAGUCUAAACACCCCACGAAUAUUCGAGAAAAAAGAGCCCCAAAAGACCCUUACGUCAAAUAGUUACUAGUGACAAAGCUCUUACAAACCUUUCACCGGAGCUAUAUUCCAAAUGCCAUAACCAUGACCUAUCCAUUACCCGACAACUCACCGCAGUUCCGCCGACCGACCCGGGCCGUCAUCUUGAUGCUUUUCGGGAAAUCCCAUGGAACCCUUUCGCUACCUUACCCAGUAUUUAGCAUGAAAUAGCCACUUAGGCUAUUAUGCCGUUACCGGGUCAUGGUGUCGAUCGUCCCACGGUCCGAUGUAGCAGAGAGAGAGAGAGAGAGAGAGAGAGAGAGUCGGGAUCGGAACUGGACCUGGAACUAGG